CACAGGCUCCUCGCCCUCUGAUUUUGCUUCUCCCUUCAAGAUGGCGGACACAAUGAGCCGGCGGAGCGCCGGUUGGCCCUGAAGUGACUCCGGAGAAGAACGGUCAGCGAGGUCCCGUUGUCCCGGCAAGAGAGCGUCGCCUGAGGAAGAGGACGCGGCAGCCCCACUGUCAGCCGUCCUUCGGUUCGCCUCCAGCGCGGCGCCCGCACCGCCGGGGUUGGCCCUGAGCAGCCCGCCCGCUCGCUCGCCUCUCGGCCCCGCCCCGGCCCUGCGCCGCCGCUGCCUUCAGCAGCAGCAGCAGCAGCCACCGCCGCCGCCAUGAAGCUGACCGACAGCGUGCUCCGGAGCUUCCGCGUCGCCAAGGUGUUCCGCGAGAACUCAGACAAGAUCAACUGCUUUGACUUUAGUCCCAAUGGCGAGACGGUCAUCUCUAGCAGCGAUGAUGACUCCAUCGUGCUCUAUGACUGCCAGGAGGGCAAACCAAAGAGAACCCUGUACAGUAAGAAGUACGGUGUGGACCUCAUCAGAUACACCCAUGCAGCCAACACAGUCGUUUACAGCUCUAACAAAAUAGACGAUACUAUUCGUUACUUGUCCUUGCAUGACAAUAAAUACAUCAGAUACUUUCCUGGACACAGUAAGAGGGUGGUGGCCUUGUCCAUGUCACCUGUGGAUGACACUUUCAUUUCUGGGUCUCUUGAUAAGACCAUUCGACUCUGGGAUCUCCGGUCUCCUAACUGCCAGGGCCUCAUGCAUCUACAGGGCAAACCUGUCUGUUCCUUUGAUCCAGAAGGGUUAAUUUUUGCUGCGGGCGUCAACUCAGAAAUGGUCAAGCUUUAUGACCUUCGUUCUUUUGAUAAGGGACCAUUUGCAACAUUUAAGAUGCAGUAUGAUCGGACCUGUGAGUGGACAGGACUUAAGUUCAGCAAUGAUGGCAAAUUGAUACUCAUCUCCACCAACGGCAGCUUUAUCCGUCUUAUUGACGCAUUCAAGGGUGUGGUGAUGCACACAUUUGGGGGUUAUGCUAACAGCAAAGCUGUGACACUCGAAGCUUCAUUUACUCCAGACUCACAGUUUAUUAUGAUCGGUUCGGAAGACGGCAAAAUCCACGUCUGGAACGGAGAGAGUGGUAUAAAAGUGGCUGUAUUGGAUGGCAAACACACUGGUCCCAUUACCUGUUUGCAAUUCAACCCCAAGUUUAUGACCUUUGCCAGCGCCUGUUCCAACAUGGCCUUCUGGUUGCCCACCAUUGAUGACUGAUCCUGAUGCUGCUGGGCUAUUUAUACAGUGAGGGCGGCCAACAGGAAAAGCCAGAGGUGACUGAGAUGACAGUGGGAUUGAUUGAUCACUUUCCACAGGGCCUUCCCAGGGAUGUGCUGUCCAUCCGCUCUAAUGAGUUACUUUGCUGAGCACCUUCAGAAGGACUCCUGGUGCUGCAGACUCAGUUGGCACUCAGCCUUUCCAGCUCUCACUGCGCCAAGCUCUUCAGAGUAUGACUAGACUUAUGAUUAGGUUACAGUGGGGCUCUUGAACCCCUUCAAUUUUGAAUGUACUUGCUGCUGAGGAGCCAGUGAAGUCCCCACUUUCUGCACAUCCUUCUCACCCCAGAAAUGCAUGGGAAGCCGUGGUUCUGGUUUUGAGAUGCUAGGGCAGCUCAGCACCCCUUGCCCUCACCCUGCAUGUCUUGUUACUGGGUCUCCCUGUGUAAUUAAUUGUGGCAUUAUUCCACAACCAUCAUGUUUCUUAGGUGCCAAACAUUUAUAAAAAUAAGUCUUCAUAUACCUUGGGGUCAAAGAAAGAGACAGGUACAGAAGGACCUUGUUUGUCAGGAGGCUAUGUGGUAUUCUUUUUUUGUUUGUUUUUUUUUUGUUUGUUUGUUUGUUUUGGUAUUCUUGUAUAGGUGGGUGGGGCAGAUCUUGGGCUUAGAUGUUGGCUAACAAAAGGCCCAAGAGUCUGAAAGGGAGGGAAGGGGGUAGCAGGUAAAUUCUGAGAGCUGAGAGGUUUAGCAGCUUGGUGCAGUUACCCCAUCAAGAUGAUCCCACAGUCUCUUGUGGGGGGUCCUACCGAGCUUGGCUUGUACAAAAGCAAGCAGUAGUUUAUUUUUGUACCUGAGUCACAUCACGUUCUCCUGUGGGCCAGUAUUGUGGAACGAGUCUGAGUUGUUUACACUGAUGCCUUCCUUCCCUGCCCACCACAAAUUGUGUACAUAGUCAACAGAUGAAACCCCUCAUCUUCUCCAGCUCCUACCCAAGAGCUGGCUCUAGGCCUGUGUUAUAUGUUAUAUUUAGCCUUUUUAUAUAUGACCCUUGAUCUGUUUGUAUUUGAACACUGUGUGUGUCCACUUUAAUACAUUUGUGCAGACAUGCACAUUACAUACGUGUAUAUGCCUGUCUCUCAUCUAGAUUAUCAAGGGAGAGGGAACCUUGCAGCCAAGAAUGACUCUGUGGAUAGUGUGUGCCACAACUGUUAUUCUUCUCUGCUAACCUUAGGGAUACAACGGGAAGCAGAGCUUCUAGUGUUUGCUGUUUCAUGGCAGCUAAGUGGGGGCCUUGGGUGACUCCCUUGUGCUCUUUAAGCCACACUUUGGGGCCCUCUCUACAGUAUUAGAUUCCUUUUUGCCUGAUUAUGCUCUGUCUGCACCUGUGUAUGUGUGACAGUCACUUUUGCAUGGCUUCUGUGCCUGGCUUGUGGCAUUUAGGGACAGGGUGCUGGAACCACAGUGUUUAGUUUGUCAGAACUUGUUGGCCAACCAUAAGUCACUGUCACCUGCUGUGUCUACACUGUUGCCCUUUUUCUUGCUUUUUCCUGAGAGACUUUAGCUAGGCCCAGACUAGAUGAGUUGCAGGUGACCUUCUCUUCCCAGCUCGGCAGCUUUAUAGAGUAGAACAAACGGCCAUCAAACAUUGAUGCAAGCACUAUCCCUGCAAAUCCAGAAAUCAAGACUCAACAGGUUGUGAUUUGCCCAAGAGUACCCAGCUGCUAGCGUGGUCAGACCAUCACUGCUUCUGUUCAGUCGCAGAUAGCCGUCCAGUCACCAAUGCUUUUGACUUGUUCCAACUGAAAAGUUGGACUGUCACUGAAGUCUGUUAAGUAUUGCUGAACAAUCCUGAUAUAAAAUUCUGCCUUCCCAGGAUGGACCGACAGUAGGAGCCAGGCAAUCAGAGCUCCAUGUUUGAAAGAACUGUUGAAGGCAAAUGUCUGUAAUCGUAGAUUAAUAUGGUGGCUUGCCUGAACUGAACGCAGGAAAACUGUCUUGAGUAUCCAGGGGUUGAAGCAUCACACUCUUGGAAGACAUACUGCCUCACGGUCUCUGCUGGGCCCUGCGGCCACGGAGCUGAGUUAUGCUCCGAAUCGGUAGGAAAAGGUGCAGCUGGAGUUUAUAUGGUCACAGGGUAAUAAGAAAGAGGGAGAAAGCAGAGAUGGCAGUUUGGGGAUGUGGCCCUGGGAAGUAUUCACUGCCCUCUGAUAUGACAGCUGACACUGCACUGUUCAACCACCAGCCACUGGGGUAUUUUUUAAUAAAUUAUUCCCUGUUGUAACUGACAAUUAGUGCUUAUGAAGGAAAAUUGGAAGAUCUUUAAGAACCAGUUUGCCACCCAAGUGGUACCACUGUUAAAUCUUGAUGUUAAAUGUUCCUUUAGAUAUCUCUGUGCAUAAACUUUGGUGUUUACAUAGUUGUUAUUCUACUGUACAUACAAUUUUGUCCUUUUUGUACUUAACAUAUAAACUUUUUUUUGCCAUGUUAUCAGUCGUAAACGGGA